GUCCCUCCUCCCCGGUACCGGAAACCCCAUUUUGGGGACGCCUCCCCUUUCUUUUCGCCCGCCCCGCUCCUCCGGACCCGGUUGCCUCUUCGGGUGUUCCCAGGCACCAUGGAUGCACGGUUCACUCGGGGAAAGUCAGCCAUCUUGGAGCGCUCGCUGACCCGGCCCAAGACAGAAGUGAGCUUGGGCGCCUUCACACUCCUCUUCUCAGAGAUCGUCCAGUACUGCCAGAACCGCGUCUACUCCGUUUCCGAGCUGCAGAGCAAGCUGUCGGAGCUGGGCCAGCAGGUGGGGGCCCGCAUCCUGGAUGUCUUGGUGAUGCGAGAGAAGAAUGGCAAACGGGAGACCAAGGUCAUCAACGUGCUGCUCUUCAUCAAGGUCACUGUGUGGAAGUCGCUUUUCGGCAAGGAGGCAGACAAGCUGGAGCAGGCCAACGACGACGACAAGACUUACUACAUCAUCGAGAAGGAACCCCUGAUCAACACCUACAUCUCUGUGCCCAAGGAGAACAGCACCCUCAACUGCGCCAGCUUCACCGCGGGCAUAGUGGAGGCCAUCCUGACCUACAGCGGCUUUCCCGCCAAGGUCACCGCCCACUGGCACAAGGGCACCACCCUCAUGAUCAAAUUCGAUGAGGCCGUCAUUGCCCGGGACAAAGCCCUGGAUGGGCGUUGAGGUGGAGUCUAACGUUCCCUCUGGUGUACGUGUUUCUUCGGUGUAGCUUAAACAUAUUGCAUACAUGCGCACGUAUAUAUAUAUAUAUAUAUAUAUAUAUAGGUAAAAAUGAAUGUUGCGUGAUUCCCUAAUUCAGUUUUGCAUACUGUUUUUCUGUCUCAGUUGAAAAAGAGGCCCCCUGGGGCCAGCACAGAU